AUGCUGAUUCUGGAGCUCGGUAUCUGGGUCAUCCCCUUCACCCUCUUGAUCGCCCCCUGCAGGAGAUUCACCCUCCUGGUCGCGAACCAUCAGGAGCUCCGGUGGAGCAUGGCCGCCCCUCUCUCCGCAGUCCCCAACGCACGGAGAUACCCGGGGAGGAUUCCGAGCAUGGGUAUCAUCAUCUAA